AUGACCGUUCGAACGGACCUAUCAGCGUUUCGCAAGCGAGACCCGUGAUUCCUUGCGCGUUGGAGUUCAGAUCAAGGUUUUCUGAUCGGUCGUCGUAGUUUGAGGAGGUGAAAAAAAGUGUGGCGGUGCUUUCGUUCGAUAUUCUUUAUGAGAUCUUACAUUUAACGGUUGGCUCCUGAAUUUCUUUCGCAGCCGUAAGUAACGAGAGCUUGAUUAUCUCGCGUUGUACAUAAAAGCCUUUGUGAAAGUGAUACUAUGAUUGUGGCAUACAUGCAAGAAAUCGAGACGAUUCCAGACGAACGUCAGUCUUUCUGUUUGCCCGUCGAUGCCAAAAUGUCUAAUCUAGCGUGAUCUAUUGUAGAGGAUAGAACGUCUCGUAAAUAAACACGUAGUAUCGUUCGAACCUGCAGAUUUUAUCGCAUCCUGAUUUGGAACUGUAGUAUCUUUGUGACUACACCCCAUCCCCGAAUAUCGUCGCUGAAUUAAUACCUAACCCUCAAUAGCCCAUUGUCAAGCAGCUUCGAGGUAUUCCUAGAAUCCAUCGACGAUUUCGCUACGUAUUACAUACGGAACAAUUUUCACGCAUUUUUCAUCGAUCUCAUCUAAGUUUCUAAAUAAACGUAUCUCGAUCUGAUCGUAUUGUUGUACGAAUAUCAUAAUUGUUAUUUUUAUGUAGCAGUUCCAUCUACCGUACUACGUACAUAUUUUAUAGCGCUAUAUAUUAUAGUAACGAUUUUUUUUUUUUUAAAUUAAGUAUCGUUGAUAUUGAUGAGUAAGUCAAACAUGUUUGCAAAUAUGUUUCCUUUGUAGUAUAACAUAUAUAACACAAUGUAAGGUGUAUAUAUGUGCAGAUAUUUCAUAAUAUCUGUGAUAAUAUGUAGAUGUUAGUGGGUUAAUUAAAGAAUUUGAUAAUAGAAUUAUCUUCGAAAAUAUAUGUGCUACCUUUAAAAUACAUAGUAAUGAGUAAAAAGAUUUAAUAACGAAUCCAUUGAAUUUAAAUUUAAUUUUAACUUUUUAUAUGUUUUUGUAAAAAAAUUUCAUAUUUCUCCUAUUAAGAGAAAUUACGUUUAUAUAAUAAACAAAACUGCGUAUAACUUCAUUAAAGGAUAAAAAUAUCUAACAUGUUCAGUAAUAUUCAUAUAUUAUGAUUGAACUAUAACAUUAUGGCUUUACUUUCGAAUAUUUUUUAGAUGUCAGCCGCAACUACACACAAAUACCGUUACAAAAAUGUGGGCUUAGACUCACAAGAACUAAGACGGCGUAGAGAAGAGGAAGGUGUUCAGUUAAGAAAACAAAAAAGAGAACAACAAUUAUCAAAGAGACGUAAUGUUCCUAACAUAGUUACUGCUGAUGAUGACAAUGUUACAGCAAAUGAAUCUGCUUUUCCUGCACCACAAUCAAAAACCUCUAUUAUUGUACUCGAAAUGGUGCAAGAAUUGUACAGUCCUAAUCCUGAAGAUCAAUUGGCAGCUACACAGAAGUUUAGAAAAAUGUUGUCCAGAGAACCAAAUCCACCGAUAGAUGAAGUUGUAAAAACUGGAAUUGUACCUAAAUUCGUUGAAUUUUUGCAGAAUAAUGCAAAUUGUACAUUGCAGUUUGAGGCUGCUUGGGCUUUAACGAAUAUAGCAAGUGGAACGUCCCAACAAACGCGUGUAGUAGUGGAUGCGGGAGCUGUACCAAUUUUCAUAUCAUUACUCAGUUCUGAAUAUGAAGAUGUUCAAGAACAAGCAGUUUGGGCAUUGGGCAAUAUUGCAGGAGACAGUGCUGAAUGUAGAGAUCAUGUAUUAGACAAUGGAAUCCUUACUCCUCUUCUGCAAUUACUUUCUAAAGCGACACGUUUGUCAAUGACACGUAAUGCGGUAUGGGCAUUAUCAAAUCUUUGUCGAGGCAAGACUCCACCACCGGAAUUCUCGAAAGUUGCACCGUGUUUGCCAGUUUUAGCUCAUUUUCUUAAUCAUACGGAUAGUGAUGUUCUCGCAGAUACUUGCUGGGCUCUCUCCUACUUAAGUGACGGACCAAAUGAAAAAAUUCAAGCAGUUAUCGAUGCAGGUGUAUGUAGACGAUUGGUGGAAUUACUCAUGCACCAACAAGAGAAUGUAAUCAGUGCUGCACUUCGAGCAGUGGGUAAUAUAGUUACCGGUGACGAUGUGCAAACACAAAUCGUUCUUAAUUGUUCUGCAUUGCAAUGUUUGUGUCAUCUGUUGAAUUCGUCGCAAGAAAGUAUUCGCAAAGAAGCUUGUUGGACAAUCUCUAAUAUUACGGCAGGAAAUCCUCAGCAAAUUCAAGCUGUCAUCGAUGCCGGUAUAUUCCCGAUCCUGAUUGAAAUUUUAGCGAAAGCUGAAUUUAAAAUUCGAAAAGAAGCGGCAUGGGCAAUCACUAAUGCUACAAGCGGCGGUGCACCUGAACAAAUACGUUAUAUUGUUGUUGAAGGAUGCAUUCCACCGUUAUGUAAUUUGUUAACAGUAAUGGAUCCCAAGAUUGUUCAAGUUGCAUUAAGUGGUUUGGAAAAUAUUUUGCGUGUAGGAGAACAAGAUGCUGCCACGAAUAAUGGUAUCAAUCGUUAUGCGGUACUAAUCGAAGAAUGUUUCGGCCUAAACAAAAUAGAAUUUUUGCAAUCUCACCAAAAUGUAGACAUCUAUCAGAAGGCCUUCGAUAUAAUCGAACGAUAUUUCGGAUCUGAAGAAGAAGAUACUCGAGUUGUACCCACCAUUGAUGCGCAGGGACAACAGUUCCAAUUCAGAGCGUCCGAUUCAUCUCAGCUACCAGUUGAAGGCUUUGACUUUUAAUUGACUAGUUUUAAUGGAACCUUUGAUUGUAUCACCUGAUUCAAUCUUGUUUCGUUCGUUAUGUUUACGAUCAUUUUUUCUGAAAAGGACAUUUUGAAAAUGAAGGAAAAAUCAGUCAGAUGCAGAACAGUGGUAUAUUUAUACAUACUUUGAAUUUAUUUGUAUCGAUCAGAAUAUCAGUAAAAAAAAAAAUCUUGAAGUGAUCAGAUUUUUGCUCGACGAUAAAGAUGAGUAAAAUGUUUAUACGCAGUUAUUUUAAGUUGUUUUCUCUUAUUAUUUUAGCUACACCAUACGCAUCGUUCUAAGUUUAGUGCAGAAACACGAUUAUGUUUAUUACGAAUCUAUACCGAAUUGUGACAAUUCUUUCAAUUUGUAAGUUUUGUAGCAAUUCGAAUAGAUAAUGUUCGAACUCAUAACAUAAACCGUAUUUAGUAUGAAACGUUUAGUUUAUUGGAAUUAACAAAUUAAAUAUCUUAGUGCUUAAGUAGAAACAAAUAAUUAUGGAAACAAUGAUCAGGACGAUUUACUACUGAGGUAAACCUAUACCUCAAACGACGUACGACUGACUCAGAAUUACGGAAAACUUGCACAACUGGCAAGACAUUAAUGACUGAAGUACGCGACUACGUAGCCGAUACAGACAACAUUACGCAACGCGUUACUCACAUCCUUACUACAUUAGGUAGGAACAUGACCAAUUAAACUUUUUUACUGUAAAUACGUAUCUUGUAAUUUUGAGGCUAUUUUAUACAGAAUGUCCUUAAGAAAAGAAGUAAUAUUUAUGUUAAAUAAAUGUAAUUUCUAAUCUUUGACAGUACAUAUAAGAUAUUUUUACAUAUUAAAUAUUUUACUCAAUCUUGGUAUAGAUGCAUUGCUAGAAUAUUUUUUUUUUUUUAUAAUAAAUUACGCGAAUUUUAAUAUAUUUCUCUCAAAUUGAAAAAUUUUGAAAAUACGAUUGUACAUAAUUAUGUUUAAACUUUUUAAAAUUUAAAUUUCCCAUUCUUUUAAACUUAACUUUCUAAAGUAAGCAAUAUUUAAAUUAUUCUAAUAAUAAAUAUUUUAAAAGUAUAUUUAUAUUUUGUUGAUAAAGAAACAAAUUUUUCGUACUUAUCGUAAAGCUCGACCCUAUACGUAAUUGUAUUAAAUUCUGGAUAUUCUGUAUAAAAAGUCUGUGACUGUAUAAAAUGUAUUUAUUAUUUAGGUUUGACGGUACCAUGCUAUAUUAUGCAAGAUAUAUAAAUAUAUAUAAAUAUAU